AUGGAGACAGCACAUGCGGAAAUCAAAGGCAACAUGAAGAAAUCGGAUGACCAGAGCCAGGAUCCUGGGACGGAUUACAAUGGCAGCAUCGUGGUCGAAGAACCCCGGGCCAUUGUUCAUCUCCGGCCAUCCGACCUCCGCCGUGAUAUGAAUGUUAUCACCCUGAUCUGCUUCGGUUUCAGUUUGAGUAGCUCUUGGGCAGCUCUGUCGCUGUCGUCACUCAUCGCCAUCGUUCAGGGGGGCACAGUCACUUUGCUCUAUGGCUCUGUUGUCGUUGCGGUACCAUACCUCUGUACGGGCUUAAGCCUAGCCGAGUUGAUCAGUGUCUAUCCAACAGCUGGUGGCCAGUAUCACUUCGCUUCUAUAGUUGCUCCGCCCAGAUGGAGCAAAUUACUCUCUUACAUCAGUGGCGUGGCUUCUCUUUGCGCUUGGUUCUCCAUAAUGGCGGGUACAUACCUUAUCACCACGGAGGUUGUCCUUGCACUUGUGCUUCAAUAUCACCCGAGCUUUGAACCACAACCUUGGCACUACUUUAUGAUAUUUCAAGCGACGAAUAUCGUGGCCACUUUUUACAACGUCUAUUUGGUUAAAAAGUCCCCUGGCAUUUAUAAUAUUGCUUUUCUGCUCUCUAUUGUCGGCGUCCUAGUCAUUCCUAUCGUUUGUCUCGCUCGAGCUGAGACAAAGCAACCUAGCGAAAUCGUGUGGACACAGUUCACUAACCCGACUGGUUGGUCCGACAGUAUCUGCUUUAUCACCGGGCUCGUGACCCCUGCAUUUUCCUUUGGAGGUCUCGACUCGACCAUGCACUUGGUGGAGGAAAGUCUGAAACCAAAGACAGCAGUACCGCGAGCCAUUUGCUACACUGUUGGCAUGGGAAUCAUCACGGCUUUGCCCUUUGUUAUUGCCAUGGUGUAUUGUAUACAGGAUAUCGACCUCAUCGUGUCAACUCCGACUAGGUGUCUCUCUGCUAGGCUUCCAAUCUAUGAGUUGUGGAUCCAAGCCACGCGUUCUACUAGCGUCGCAACUGCUUUUGUCGCCCUUCUCCUCGCGAUCGACGUGCUUGUCUGUAUCGCGACCGCACAAACAAGCUCCCGCCUCACUUGGGCACUUGGAAGAGACAACGCAUUCUUCGGUUCGCGCUAUUUAGCCAAAGUACAUCCCAAGCUGGAAGUCCCAGUCUGCUCCCUGAUUGCGAACGGGGUUGUCGUAGGGCUUCUGGGUUGUUUAUACUUAGCCUCAACCGUCGGUACGUCUAAGGGGAUUCUUUAUGCAGCUCCUCAAAUCACUGUAGAAGCUGACUCUUUCUCCUCACACUAG